AUGGAGGCAGCUGCAGAUCUUCGGGACACGGCCUUGUUAACUCAGAAGUUUAAAUUUAAUCCAAGGCUGGGCAUUGACAAUCCUGUCCUCUCCCUGGCUGAAGACCAAUCUGAUCCCUGGAACCUGCACCGGCCUCGCUUCUGUCUGUUGAGCAAGGAGGAAGAAAAGAGUUUUGGGUUCCAUCUGCAGCAGCAGAUUGGCAAGGCUGACCAUGUGGUGUGUAGGGUGGAUCCAGGCACCUCUGCCCAGCGCCAGGGUCUCCGGGAAGGAGAUCGGAUCCUAGCGGUGAACAAUAUUCGCGUGGCACACGAGGACUAUGCGGUGGUAGUGCGCUACAUCCGGGCCAGCGGUCCCAGGGUUUUGCUGACGGUCUUGGCACAAAACGUGCACGACGUGGCACGUGCUCAGCGGGAGAGCGAUGCUUUCCUCUGUCCUACCCUAGCCUCGGGGGUCAGGCCCCGGUUGUGCCAUGUCGUAAAAGAUGAAGGUGGCUUUGGCUUCAGCGUCACCCACGGAGCUAGAGGUCCUUUCUGGUUGGUGCUCAGUGCAGGGGGAGCUGCUGAGAGGGCAGGGGUGCCCCCUGGGGCCAGGCUGCUAGAAAUGAAUGGUGUCAGCGUGGAGAAGUUCACUUACAACCAGCUCAACAGGAAGCUUGGGCAGAGUGGAGAUCGGGUGACUCUGCUGGUGGCAGGGCCGGAGGUAGAGGAACAGUGUCACCAACUAGGAAUGCCUCUUGCUGCACCCCUGGCAGAAGGCUGGGCAUUGCCUGCCAAGCCCCGGUGUCUAAACAUAGAGAAAGGGCCUCAAGGCUUUGGGUUCCUGCUCCGCGAAGAAAAGGGCCUGGACGGUCGACUUGGGCAGUUCUUGUGGGAGGUGGAUCCAGGACUGCCAGCUGACAAGGCCGGGAUGAAGGCUGGAGACCGCCUGGUGGCCGUGGCUGGGGAAAGCGUGGAUGGGCUGGGCCAUGAGGAAACAGUGUCUAGGAUCCGAGCACAGGGUUCUUGUGUCUCCCUCAUUGUGGUCGAUCCUGAGGCUGACCGCUUCUUCAACAUGGUACGCCUGUCUCCCCUCCUCUUCUUGGAGAACACCGAGAUUGCUGCCCCUCCUCUGGCAGCAACCAAGGAUCUUCCAGUUGAAGACACAGUUGAGCCUUCUGGCCUUGCUGGCUCCCGCCAAUGCUUCUUAUACCCUGGGCCUGGAGGUGGCUAUGGAUUCAGACUCUGUUGUGUAGCCAGUGGGCCUUGUCUUUUCAUCUCCCAGGUGACCCCAGGAGGCUCAGCUGCCCGGGCAGGGCUGCAAAUGGGAGAUAAAAUUUUGGAGAUGAACGGGUAUCCUGUGGGUGGAGACAGUGACCUGGAUAGGCUUCAGCAGCUGGCUGAGGCCGAGCCACCCCUCUGCCUGAAGCUGGCAGCUAGGAAUCCACAGGAUUUAGAAGCCUGGAUUUCCUCGGAGUCUGGAGAGGACUGGACUCUGGCUUCAGAAUUGCUAUAG